AUGGAGAAUAGUACAGAAGCGACAGAGUUCAUCCUCUUGGGAUUAACCGAUGACCCCAAUCUUUGGGUUCCCCCCCUCCUGGUAUUUUUGUUCGUCUACCUCAUCACUCUGGCUGGGAAUGGGGGACUGAUGGUAAUCAUCCACUCAGACUCCCGCCUCCACACUCCGAUGUACUUCUUCCUCAGCCAUCUCUCCUUUGUAGACCUGGGUUACUCAUCAGCUGUAGGUCCUAAGAUGGUGGCUGCAUUGCAGUCAGGGAACAAAGUCAUCUCCUACAAUGGAUGUGCUGCUCAGUUCUUCUUCUUUGCGGGUUUUGGCACGGUCGAGUGCUACCUCCUGGCCUGCAUGGCCUGUGACCGCCAUGCAGCCGUAUGUAGACCUCUUCACUACACCACCACCAUGACAGCAGGUGUGUGUGCCCUCCUGGCUAUUGGCUCCUAUGUCUGCGGCUUCCUCAGUGCUUCCAUCCACACAGCAGACACAUUUAGACUCUCCUUCUGUGGUUCUAAUGUGAUUAAUCACUUUUUCUGCGACAUUCCCCCACUCCUGGCUCUCUCAUGCUCCAACACAUGCAUCAGCAAGUUGGUGGUUUUCUUUGUCGUUGGCUUCAAUGUCUUUUUCACGCUCCUGGUCAUCCUCAUAUCUUACCUCUUCAUAUACAUCACCAUUCAAAGGAUGCGUUCUGCUGAAGUACGGAAGAAAGCCUUCUCCACGUGUGCAUCCCAUCUCACAGCAGUCUCCAUUUUCUAUGGCACAAUCAUCUUCAUGUACUUACAGCCCCGCUCCAGCCAGUCCAUGGACACAGACAAAAUAGCAUCUGUGUUUUAUACUGUGGUGAUUCCCAUGCUGAACCCCUUGAUCUACAGCCUUAGGAACAAAGAAGUGAAAACUGCUCUCUGGAAAAUACUCAACAAACUUCAUCCCCAAUCGUUAAGUGUGAGUAGAAAGUAG